UAUAGGCUGGAUUACAGAUUAAACGGAAGUCGAGAACACAAGAUCGAAUCACAACGAGGAAGUUCCUUCUAAAUUUCAUCGUGUCCGGAAAUGGUCCUUUUUUAGUCAGGAGUUAUUGUUGCACAGUUGGAGACAAGUGCUCAACUUCAGCGGGGCCGGUCUUACGUAUAGCUAUCGUUCUGUCAUCGGUCGAGUAUAUAUGAACAUAUUUUGCUUUCGGCACUGAAGCUGAAUUCAGUAUAUAUCUACUUCCCAACAAGACAUCGAGUUAAAUCUGUCCAGAGACGGCCAAAAAAAUGGGCGGGGCAUGUUUUCAUCAUGAGGGCGUGAUGUUCCGGGCCGUCAUGGGGAUGCUGACGUUGAUCAUUGCGACCAGUAAAGUCGAGUGUGCAAUCUGUCCAGAUGACAUCCAGCAGGGUACAGAUCCUGGGCAGGCAACGGCUGUUGUGAGUUGGCCCCAGACAACCAACCACACAUGUGAUUCUGACUCCGGUGAUAGGUUUCAGGUAGGAUUUACACCAGUUUAUUGCACAGACAACGAUGACGGCACCUCAUGCACAUUCACGGUCAACAUCACUGACAAUGAGCCCCCAACAAUUGUGUGUAGUCCCAGUCAAAGGUCUGUCAAUACCGAUCCUGGGCAGAGCACAGGACGAGCCACCUGGAAUGUUCCACAGGUCAGCGACAACGUCGGGAUAGACUCCAGCUCCAGGGGAUGUAGCCAUACCAGCGGUUCACGUUUUCCUAUUGGCACCACUACUGUGACCUGCACAGUGAGGGAUACGGCUGGAAAUGAGGCCACCUGCACAAUUCAGGUGACCGUGAGAGAUAACGAGAACCCGGUUUUCAACAUGAACACGUGCCCCAGUGAUAUACGCCGGACCAUACCCAACUUUGACCCGCUGCAACCGGCAGCCACGGUGGAAAUCACAUGGGUCUCGCCAUCAGCUAGCGACAACUCGGGGGCCAGCGUGACGCUCGCUUCUACGCACGAGCCGGGGGGAAUGUUUGAACUCGGGGUUACGCGCGUGACUUACACAGCCACGGACCAGUCAGGCAACGAGAACAACAAUUGCGCGUUCAACGUCCAGGUUGUCGUUCAACCUCCAGCGAGCCACAUCUUUACUGAGAACAUCAGAACAAACAACGGGGAGUCCUGCGUGACGAUCGUUUGGCCAGAGUCAGAAGAUGGCACUGUAGAGGAGUAUGCCCUCUAUUACUGGAAGCAGGGAGAAUCCAGACCGGAUCCCAGCCAACGAGUGGUCGCCAGCCCGCAACAAGGCGGUAUCACCUACACCUACAACAAACACGAGCUCUGCAGCCUGACCCCUGGCCAACUGUACACGGUGGAGGUGGGCGUAGAGUCAGGAGAUAAGAUCUCAACGAUAGACCAAUGGACGAGACCAAGCCCAACAGGGCAGGUAAGCGUAGUUCCUGGUACCCUGUCGAAGUCCUCUGUGGAGGUAACAUGGGAGCGAGUCAGCCUACAGAAUCUGGAGCAGUACAGGGUGAGCCUUAAUAACGGGAGGGACCUCGGCUAUGUUACCAAGACAACGGAUCAGCUGAUGGUGGACGGUCUCCUCCCAGGCAGUGGUGUCUACCUGUAUGUUUAUGCAGUGGUUGGGUCAGGGGACAUGCGUCUUGAAAGUCCCGGGCCGAGCAGGUAUAUAAGCCCAGCAUCACCUAGAGGUGAUGAACUUGUCGCCUACAAAUAUACCGAGUCCUCCAUCGCGGUAGCGUGGCGGGCUGAGUCUAGUACCAAGAAUGCCAAAGACCCGUACAUGCUGUACAUUGAACCGGAGGAUGCAGAGGAGAACUACCUGACCAUCUUCAAUCCGGGGAACACAGCCUCAGCAGUGUUCAAGGGACUGAAGCCGAACACGCAGUACCAGAUCAGACUCAUCAGUAAUUUGGGUUUGACCUUGAGCACGUCACAGAAAACUAGGCCCGAACGCGUGGGAAACCUCCGGCCCAUAAAAGUCUCGGACGACGCCAUCACCCUGGAGUGGGACCCGCCAACAGAGGGCUCCGUCAGCUCCUACCAAGUGUACAUCUCCCCAGGAGAAGACACAGAGCCCAUUGAUGUGUCUGGUACCAGCUGCUAUUUCUCAUCGCUGACUGCUAAAACCGAGUACUUCUUCAAAGUUGUAUCUGUCUAUGACGGCAUGAAGAGCGUUCCUGAAACGCUGAUGGUGACAGCUGGCGUAACAAAGGCAGAAGCAGCUACUCCAGUGAACAUCGUGGCAAUAGUCCUAGGCGUUGUGCUGGGCGUGCUUGCCGUAGUAUUGAUCGUCGUGGUCAUUGUCCUGGGCCUCAAGUAUCGGCGGUUGAAGAACGGCAAGGAGAUCAGUGCAACCACUGAGGCGGGGAGUCACAAAGCCAAGAAGGCCAAACCGAGCGUCCAAGAUCGAUACUCCAGCGGCUCUCAGCUUCCGGAAGCGAAUGAGGACAACGACUUGUAUGAACAACCUUCGACUAGCGCUGUUCCAAAACGUGUCAUCUCGUCCACAGUCCCCCUCUAUCAGAACGAGAUGAUAGGGCCAGCCCUUAAACCGGCAGCGAAGCCCAAAAACAAGUUUCCCCUGGCAAUGCUUCCAAAACCAAGGUACAAGCAGGCAGACUAUGCCAUUGCAAACAUCAACGGUUAAUGACAUUACCUCUCGCAGCAAAGAUGACGGUUUUGAAGCACAGCUGGUGUUAUAUACUGAAAUUUACUCUUACAAACAGUUGGUUCCCGUGCUAUUUUUAAGUUUCAUCCCAAAAAAUAGAUCUCUUUCCUGAAGUGCUAUUAUUCUAGAACUGCAAAAGUUAUUCACUUUUGAAUGAGACGUCGACUGAAACAAAUUGGCUCAUGUUUAGAAUAGGUAUUCCUGGCUAUUUUAGAAUGUUUAUCAUUCAAAUUCACCGUUUCUAAUAUUCAAAUUCGUCCAUCAACAUCGAUGCAUUUUCAAUGUUUAAUUUCAUCUUUUGUCAGACAAUUUCAAGUUCAGUUCGAGCAAAUGCGAACAAUGAGUACACGUUUUCGUCCCGGAGUAUUUGAUUUUGUCUCGCCUAGCUAGACCUUGUUAUUCAGAAAUCAAAUUCGUCUUUAUUGAUUUAUAGAAGACGAAUUCGAUCUCUG